AUGCACAAACUGUCCUCGGCAGUGUCGGGACAAGAUGCCUCUACGACGUCCUCGACGUCCUCAUUCCGUGGACCCACGUCCACCUUAGAUCGUCGGAAGCGCAAAAGAAGUCAUCCACAUCCAUAUCUGAGCGGUAACUUUGCUCCUGUGAAGAACGUUCAACCUCUGACACCAUGCCAUUACUCUGGCAGCAUACCGCAAGAGCUGGCAGGGGGGGAAUACGUUCGGAACGGGGGAAAUCCGGUGUCGAAUGAGGAUUUGGGUCGAGAUGCCCACUGGUUCGACGGUGACGGCAUGCUCAGUGGUGUUUCAUUUAUACAGACUGCCGAUGGAGUGCAGCCAGAGUUCGUCAAUCAGUACAUUUUGACUGACCUUUACCUCUUUACCCUCUCCUCGAAGCGCCUUCGAACUCCCAUCCUUCCCAGCAUAGCGACUUUAGUCAAUCCAAUGUCUUCGCUUUACCAUAUUAUCCUCCUCGUUUUCCGCACCAUAUGUCUCGUCAUCCUAUCGCGACUGCCAGGCUCAGUACAUGCCAUCAAGAAAAUCAGUGUGGCCAACACGGGCAUGUUAUAUCAUGAUGGGCGUGCUCUGGCGACCUGCGAGUCUGGGCCUCCGAUGCGGAUCGCUCUGCCCGGGUUAGAGACGGUUGGCUGGUACAACGGGAAGAAAGCUGAAGGCGAGAUGGGUGGUGAAGGAGGCCCGGGAUUCGGUGGGGAGGGCAUUUAUGGUUUCAUGAAGGAAUGGACAACCGCACACCCUCGGGUUGACCCCAAGACAGGAGAGUUGAUUCUCUUUCACUCGACCUUUGUGCCACCAUACGUUCAUUAUUCAAUCAUACCGGCUAAUCACCCUCCCGCCACCCCAUCGACGCCGCUUGAACGACCCACAAGGUUGCUGAACGCCCCUGUUCCGGGCGUUUCGUCUGCUAAGAUGAUGCACGAUUUUGGUGUUUCCUUCCACCACACAGUGAUUAUGGACCUGCCUUUGUCACUGGACCCCCUGAACCUGGCAAAGACUAAACCUGUGGUUAGCUACGACCCUACUACCCAGUCCCGCUUUGGUAUCUUCCCACGACAUUGGCCGCAGCAGGUUCGCUGGUUCAAGACGAAGGCGUGCUGUAUUUUUCAUACAGUCAAUACCUGGGAUGAUCAGGUGGUCAAUAAAGCUACGGGCGAAGUCGAGACGACUGCUGUCAACAUGCUUGCAUGCCGGCUGACGUCUGCGUCUUUGGUUUUCUCUGCCGGCGAUAUCGCUGCACCGCAGCCGACAUCCCUCGAGACAGGUGGUGAAGAGGAGCAAUGUCGCCUCUACUACUAUCAGUUUUCGUUGGCUGAGCCGCGACAGAACAACAUUGCUCACCAGUUUGCGCUUAGUGCUAUCCCAUUCGAAUUCCCAAGCAUUCGUGAGGAUAAAGGAAUGGAUGUGACGAAAUAUGUCUUUGGUUGCUCCACCUCUGAAGGAACCUUUGGUGCAGCACUUGGUCGUGCUGUCAAGAUCGACUGCUUGGUCAAGAUAGAUGCAGAGACCUUGAUUAAGCGAGGCCGAAAGAACACGGGCCUUGAGCCUAUUACUGGUUGUGUCGACACAAGAUCCGUCAGAGAAGUUCUCGACUCUACGAACUUGGGCGAUCCGAUCUCAAUCUUCCAAUUGCCACCGGGCUGGUAUGCUCAAGAGCCGCGAUUUGUACCUCGUAAGGAAGGCACCAGCGAGGAUGAUGGCUGGUUGUUGACCUACGUCUUUGACGAGUCUCAGCUGGACGCUUCAGGCGAAUGCCCGUUGGACGCAAAAAGCGAGCUUUGGAUCAUAGACGCCAAGGACAUGAAGACCAUAGUCGCCCGUGUUCACCUCACACAAAGGGUGCCUUAUGGUCUCCAUGGCAACUUCUUCAGCGAAAAGCAAGUCAAUUCUCAGCGACCGAUCGAGACGAUUCGCGGGAUCAAGCAAAGAGAUGAGGCCGACGGUCGAUCAAGCUGGUGGCUCGCUGUCCGAGACAGGAUUGAGAAAUUUAUAGGAUGA